AUGCUUCCACGUGUAUGUAGAGGGGGAAAUCAAUCAAUAAAUCAGGAUAAUUCAGAUGCAUAUUCAACGGCCGAAAUUGAAUACAACUGGUGUACUUCGAAGGAGCCGAAUUGUGCAACAGCGGUGAAAGCCGACGAAAACAUCGAAUUGUCGAGCUAUCAGUUUACUAAAAUCUGCCAAAAACGGACACUUGCCAGCACUUCAUCGGGGACUUACUCUCGUCUACGGGUCAGUUUCAUAUUUGAUCGCGACAGCGGCUUUUACUUUCUUCAAAUAUUUUUUCCUGCCAGUCUUGUCGUUGUUCUUUCAUGGAUCUCAUUCUGGAUCAAUCGUGACUCGGCGCCAUCUCGUACUCUUAUCGGCACAAUGACUGUGCUCACUGAGACUCAUCUGAUGACUGGAACGAAUCGUCGUUUACCUCCAGUUGCUUAUGUUAAAGCAGUUGAUGUUUUCCUUGGCUUCUGUUAUUUGUUGGUUAUUUUAGCAUUGAUUGAGUAUGCGUGUGUUGCAUAUUCCAAGAAGAAGAACGAAGAUCGUCGUAGAAGAGAAAAGAAGAUGGAGCACAAACCGGCUCCACCUACUCCUGAUAUUCUACACGACGUUCGAUUGGCGGAAUGUACAUGUAAUGCAGCUCCUACUUCAAUCAUUGCUGUUAUCAAACAACCGAAUCGUUUUUGUGUCAGUCACAGUCACAUUGACAUUGUCAGUCGUGCUGCAUUUCCUCUUGUGUUUAUUGUAUUCAACAUCGUCUUCUGGUUGAUGCUUCUCUAUAAAUCAAAGCGUCUUCCAUAUAUCAGUGAGCACGAAGGCGACCGUUGCGAAGCUCCAGACCUUCAUUAA